AUAGUCAUACCGCCUUCGAGUGCUUCGAGUUCGGUCGGUAGUUGGUGUUUAUCAUUUCGAGUGACUUGUUGGUUUUGCUAACCGUUUUGCAGCCUACUAGCAGAGAAAACUGCUCCACAAUAAUGGGUGAAUCAAGCAAAAUGUCUCCAUCGAUCAAGAACAUCCCACGGCGUCAGGCCAUCCCGAUCCUGUAUACCCGAGGAACCCAUUACGACGUUGGAUACGAUGUGGUGAGUAGAACCCACAUUAUUGUGUUAUAUUAUUUAGUGGAUACAGCAUUUGCAACGGAGGCAGAAUUGUACACCCACCUGAAACGUGAAGCAACAAAAGUCGGACUGGUGGUCAACGUAUCAAAACCGAAGUACAUUCUGGCUGGAAGAACCGCCAACGACAGGGCAAGCCAAGGCAGCAAUGCUACGAUAGACGUGGAUACCUUCGAGGUGGUGGAGAACUUCAUCUACCACAAGAACCUGCGGCUGAAAAACAUUCACCCUCGCAUCAAGUGCACCAUGUACAAGACGCUGCUAUUCCUACUGCACAUGGACGAAAUCCUACCGGUGGCGGUUGAAGGUAAAAACAGCAUCAAUCAACCGAUCGGGUGCUCAACGGUUUGCGUCAAUGAACCGGACUGCGAAAUCCUUGCUCACACCGAAGAUGCCCUGAGUGAAGUGCUCAAUCACUACUACUUCGUUUCGGCUCACAUCAUAUCGGACUCUCCUCAGGGUAAGUACAACGUGACGGAGGAACGUUUCACUUCCCUUUGCUACGCGGGUCAUCUUCCGGGAUAUACCAUGAACUACAACCACCACGGGCUGGUGUUCUCGAUCAACACGCUGAGUGCUAACAAGCUGUACAGCGGAAAGACUCCUCGACACUUCAUUACUCGUGCUCUGCUUUCAGCAGAAAACUUUGUGCAAGCGCAACAAAUUCUUCGAGACAACGGAGUAGGCGCUGCCGAUGGAUGCUCUAUCAAUAUGACCUUUUUGAAACAAGAUGGCGACCGUUUGUUCCACAACGCCGAAAUGGGACCGGCCGAGCGGGAUCAGUCGCAGCUCAACAUCCUCACUGCCAGCCCCGGUGAGCACAUCGUUCACGCCAACAUGUACCUACGCCUCCCGGUGCCGGAAGUGAACGGACUGAUCAUCGAUUCCAGCGUGGAGCGCAUGAAGACGUUCAAGUCGUUCCACGCACCGAAAACGCUGAACGACGUCAUUCGGAUGUUGGGCGACCAAAGCGCCAAGGAGCACACCGUGUUCCGCGAGAAGGACGCCAAGGACGUCGUCAAGACGGUUUGCGUCGGGAUCUUCGACUGCCGGAAGCGGACCUGGUCGCUGUACUCGGACAAUCCGAAGUUCAACGCCCCGCUGAUGGUGAUGCCGUUGGUCAUCAAGGACUAAAGCGAGCUUAUGAGCUCGACGGAAAGAAUGAGGGGGUUCGAACUUGCAUUUAAUGCUUUUCGGUGCAAUAUUUGGUUGUAAUUACUGUUCGUCACGGCAAUUUUAGGCGCGGCUUUGCAUGCUUAAAACCAAUCAGUAGUGGUUUAUUUUAUAUUGAUCGUUAUAUUUAUAAUUAUAUGAUGUUAAGCUUA